AUGGCGAUGCAGCUGUACAUUCGAAGCACAAGGAUAACCCAUGGAGGGUCCUGCCCAUUUUUUGGCUUUUCUCUUUCCUUCGAAUGCGCGAAGGUCGCGGGUGCCCAGACUCUUCGUAGGACUUACAGCGAGUCAUCCGAUGUCGCAAUGAGUGACCGGGCUCCUUUACUACCUAGAAGAGGACUGGGACUUGGACGUCAAAGUGGUGGUGCACCUACACCUGGGGUGCAGUGCGGCGGCGCAAUGAAGAUGCCGAUGCAGUUGGCGAGUCUGCUGGCGCUUCUACCGCUUGCUGAGGAGGCGGAGGCGGAGAGGGAGGGGGAGGGUUGGUGGUGGCGGAGUUGGAGUUGGCGCGGCGAAAAGGAUUCUUGA